UGCCCAAAUUCUCUGAACAAGAUCAUCUAGAAAUGUAUUGGCUGUAACAGAGACUUCCUUCUUGCCUAAACACGCAUUUCAAGCGUCAUCACCUGGACCUCCUAAGUGUUUGCUGUUUGUAUUAGAUGUGGAGUUUCCAUGCUGAUCCCGAAAGCCUCCUCUUGCCAGGAUCUGCCUUGCUCAAAACUUUAGGCAUCUCCUUUGCCCAGGAUCCUUGCGCUUAGUCACAGCUGCCAUGCUGCACCACGCUGCUUUCUUAUUGCACUGCCUCCCACUGGUCAUGGGACAGUAUGACAUCUGCAAAUCCUGGGUGACCACAGACAAUGGGCCAAUGUGGGAAUUUUACGCUUGCCAACCCAGGGCCGUGCCCAUGAAGGAAUACGCAACAGUACGAGUGGAGCCAUCAGGAAUCACCUGCGGUAACCCACCCCAGAAAUUUUGCACUCAUGAAAACCCAUAUAUGUGUGAUGAGUGUGAUGCAUCCAACCCUGACCUGGCCCAUCCACCCAAGCUGAUGUUUGACAAAGAAGAUGAAGGCCUGGCGACAUACUGGCAGAGUGUGACAUGGAGCCGUUACCCGGAGCCUUUGCUGGCCAACAUCACACUUUCUUGGAACAAGAGCAUUGAGCUGACUGAUGACAUCAUAGUGACUUUUGAGUAUGGGCGUCCCACAAUGAUGAUCCUGGAAAAGUCCUUGGACAAUGGUAGGACUUGGCACCCAUAUCAAUACUAUGCAGAUGAUUGCAAUGAAACCUUCGGCAUGCAAGCGCGGAGGGUCAGGAACCUCUCCACCACCAGCGCCAACAGGGUCAUCUGCACAGAUGAGUAUUCCCGCUGGCCGGGCUCCAAGAAAGAGAAGAAUGUACGCUUUGAAGUGAGGGACCGCUUUGCCAUUUUUGCUGGGCCAGAACUCAAGAAUAUGGACAACCUUUACACCAGGCUAGAGAGUGCCAAAGGGCUGAAGGACUUCUUCACCAUGACGGACUUGCGGCUGCGGCUGCUGAGGCCAGCACUAGGGGGCACCUACGUGCAGCGGGAGAACUUGUUCAAGUACUUCUAUGCUGUCUCCAACAUUGAAGUCACGGGCAGGUGUAAAUGCAACCUCCAUGCCAAUCUGUGCACCUUCAAAGAGGGAAGCCUCCAGUGUGAGUGUGAGCACAACACAACCGGUCAGGACUGUGGGCGGUGCAAGAAGAACUUCCGCAGCAAGUCUUGGCGGGCAGGAUCCUACCUGCCCCGCCCCAAUGGCUCUGCUAAUGUCUGUGCAGCUCCAAACUUUGGCAAAUCUCCCAAGGUUUCCAAACUCAUCCGGCUCAAAUCUGGCUCCAUCCCACUGGCACCCAUUGAAACAUUUAAAGAUUGUGAAUGUUACGGUCACUCUAAUCGCUGCAGCUUCAUUGACUUCCUGAACCUAGUGACCUGCAUCAGCUGCAAACACAACACCAGGGGGCAGCACUGCCAGCACUGCAGGCUGGGCUACUAUCGGAAUAGCUCCGCAGAGCUGGAUGAUGAGAAUGUAUGUGUGGAUUGUAACUGCAACCGUAUAGGCUCAGUGGCCAACCGCUGCAAUGAGACCGGCUACUGUGACUGCAAAGAAGGUGUCACCGGGCCAAAGUGUGAUGACUGUCUGCCCGGCUACUACUGGAGACAAGGCUGCUUUCCUAAUGUGUGCGACGAGGAGCUGUUGAUUUGCCAGAAUGGGGGCACUUGUUAUGACAACCAGCGCUGUCUCUGCCCACCCAACUUCAGGGGUGUCCUCUGUGAGCAAUCCAAAUGUGAGGGAGAAAACAAGGAAUGUGACUCGGCCUCAAGCACGUACCUCAACCUCUCGGCCUUCCUCAUCAGCGUGCUGGGGCUGCAACUGCAACACUUUUUGGACCUCUGAAGCCCAGGAAACCAGGGGGAGGGGGGGAAAUGCCUCAUGGAAGGACUUUAGGGGAAGGGAAGGAGGGAGGGUGCUCACAAGUUAAGGGAGCAGGGGGUUUCUCUCUCUCUCUCUCUCCCCACCACCAGCCUCUCUUUCCUCCAUCAAACAGGGAAGGGGGGAGAGAAGCAGAAGGUAUCCAAGGGACUAUACUUUUCCCCCUUCUGCCCAAGUAGCUGAGGACCCCGGCUGGAGGCAGCUGCAGCAUUUCAGAGGCAGAACUGACUCGUAUCAUUGGGAAGAAACAAGGUGCCCACGACUUCGGGGUGGCGGCAGUGGGCGCUGGCAAAAGACUUGCCUCGCUUCGUCUUUCUGUUCAAGGGUGACAUUGCAACCCCCGUUCCACUUUGCACAGGAGGAAUCUGCCAAACGAAAACAAAAACCAUGCCACAAACCUCUGGCACUUAGUUGCUUGGCUAUUUCUCCUCUGCCCCUUUUCCUUUCGUCCUUAACUGUUAUUGUUUUGGAAGUAGCCCUCCUAACAGAGACUGGCAGCUAUAGAAAGUCCAGGCUGUGGGGCAGGGAACCUGCAAGAUUGUACCCACCUUGCAUCAUCAGCCUGCUCCAGCCCAGGCCUAGAAUUAUAUUGUUGCCUACAAAUCAAGUUGCUGAAUUUAUUAAGUUUUUGUACUUUUUUCAGUUUUUAUUCCGUUGGUUGUGAGUCUUCGAUUCCCCCACCCCCCUUUUCUCGCACUCAAGACCAGAACUGAACAAGGCUGCUCUGUAUCGCGACAAAAAAAGUGUAAUGUGUGUUAUCCAGGCUUCACCGUAUAGUUUACGGUUCUCAAAUACUUUUUAUUUUGGUAGAGAAUUAUUUUUGUUUGGAUUAUAAAUGUUCUAAGGAGAGAAGAAGAAGAAAAAGAUGAACCACCACAGCCUCUAGAGACACAUCUUACCAUAAGUGUUAUGGUGUAAUAAUCCUCUACUACAGUAAAGCAACCUAAUAACUGCU